AUGAACAUAUUUGCUGGUUGUCAACUGCAAGCAGUGGCCUGUGGAUUGCAUGUGUAUGACAGAGCUGUGCCCUCUGCUGUAUUUUCCCAGCCUCCAAUUGGACAAGUUGGUCUUACCGAGGAGCAAGCUGUUCAAGAGUGUGGUGAAGUUGAUAUUUUCACAGCCAACUUCAGGCCUCUAAAGGCCACGCUUUCUGGCCUGCCUGAUUGGGUGUUUAUGAAACUUAUUGUGUGUGCAAACACAAAUACAGUAUUAGGUGUGCACAUGUGUGGGGAAGAUUCACCAGAGAUUAUACAGGGGAUUGCUAUAGCUGUAAAAGCUGGAUUGACAAAAGCAGAUUUUGAUGUCACCGUUGGAAUUCAUCCAACAUCUGCUGAGGAGCUUGUCACCAUGAGGAGUCAAACUGGAAAAUUCCGGAAGGGUCCUUCCUUAGCCAUGGAGAAGAGUGGCAUUGAGAUCAAAUCACAAAGUUGAUGAGUAACUCAUGAGUCAUCUCAUGAGUGCUGCAGCUUCUACGGCCAGGAAGCGUUAUGCAGCAGUGAGUCUCACAAUCAGGCAGGAAUUGUGCAGCAAUGGAGCGUUUGCAGUGAUCAUUACUGGUGUAAACCUUUUUGAUGCUGCAUAAGUACUUCACUGAUCUUUUCUGGAUUGAUGGCGAUAGUGUACUACAUAGGAUUGCUUCCUCUUCAUCUAGACUUGGCAAAAGAUUAACUUCUCGUAGGAAGUGCUUGAUGUUCAGUUUUCACGGAAGACUACAAGACAUGCCACUCGAGGCUCAUCCCUGCAAAGGGUGUAGAAUACAGUAGUAUAUGAAUAGCAAGUUAAUUCUGAACGAUGUAACCGGGUCAUUUUUGAUCGAAGUAUUCGUGUAUUUAUUUUAAACCAUCUCUUGAUGCUUGAACAGAUCAUAUGUAAAAAGUAGUCUAAUCAAAUUACACUGAGGAAAUCUACCAAUGAUUUAUAUUUCUUUA